AUGCUACAGCUCUCUGACCUGCGCAUUUCUGAUAACACGCAGCUCACCCUCGAUGGUGUAGCUUGUGUUGGGGUAAUAGGUGCGAUUGUUUGGGCUUAUCUUCGUAAAUCAGAUAAUCGCCUUCCUCUCCCUCCUUCUCCUCCCACAUGGAGACUUCGGGGACACUUCCUGCCCCCUCGCUACCCAUGCCUUACUGUAGCGCGGUGGAUCGACGAGUAUGGCCCUCUGAUCACUAUUCGCUCAGGAAUGCAGAACAUCGUGAUUAUCGGCCGCCACAAAGCUGCAGUGGAAAUAAUGGAGAAGCAGGGCAGAGUACUAGCUGAUCGACCUCGCCUCGUUUCUGCUGGAGAAAUUCUUACACGCGGAUUGAGCCUCGGUUUCUCACACAUUGGGGACAGGCUUCGUCGUCUGCGUAGAGCACUCCAUACGCAUCUUCAGCCCAAAUCAGCCGAAACGUAUCAGCCCCUGCAGAUGUCACAAGCGAAAAACAUGAUCCUCAACAUUCUUGACGAUCCACGCAACUUUCAGAACCAUGCAAUAACCUUUGCUGCAGCGACAAUCUUGAAAGUUGCAUAUGGGAAGACCACGCCGACGUCAGCAACUGAUCCCGAAGUCAGAGAGGUUCGUCAGCUCAUGUCGCGCUUUCGUACACUCCUGCGCCCCGGUGCCUACUGGGUGGACACGAUACCGUGGCUCAAAUACCUUCCUUGGUAUGCGCCAGAAUUAAGAGACGAGUCCAAGAGGGCUACGCGACUCUACACAGACCAGCUGAAUCGUGUGAAACUGCACAUGCAAAGCAAUGAGGAUAGCGGCCCUUCGUUUUCAAAACACAUUCUAGAAAAUGGACAACUCUAUGGUUUGACAGAGAUAGAGAUGGCUUAUCUUGCUGGCGGCUUCUUUGGAGCAGGGACCGAAACAACCGCUACGGCGAUAUGCAUAGUGCUGAUGGCGGCUGCACGCUUCCCUGAAGAGCAAGCUAAAGUGCAGGCCGAGCUUGAUGCAGUCAUCGGAGGGGAGCGAGCACCGACCUUCGACGAUAGACCAUCCCUUCCUCGUCUGGAGGCCUUCAUAUCUGAGGCUCUGAGAUGGAGACCGUUGGCUCCUGAUGGAUUUCCUCACCGAACUACUGAAGAUGUAAUUUGGGAAAACUAUUGCAUUCCUGCUGGAACUACAGUAUUCGGCAAUCAUUGGGCCAUCUCUCGGGAUCCAGAAGUCUAUCCCGAGCCUAAUGCAUUCAAGCCCCAGCGCUGGAUUGACGACCAAGGUCGUUUGAGAGACGAUCUCACAUUCUUUGUAUUUGGGUUUGGUCGGCGCGUAUGCCCAGGUCAACACGUUGCGAACAGAUCGGUGUUCAUAAAUUCGCUUCUUAUUCUUUGGGCUUUCCAGCUCAAUCUGGAUCCUACGAAGCCGCAGGAUGAUAUGGGGUUCGCGGGGGCCUUCAUGCCAAAUGUUCCAUGCGCUAUUGAAUUCCAACCGAGGGUACCAGAAGUUGAGCUUAGGCGUAUGAUGCAGGAUUAUCCCAAGGCUGAGUGAACAGAAUAAUCACUAGGGGGCAGGUGGCGAAUCGUCAUAUCAUUAUCACAAUUUCAACUUGACUUGGAGUUUGACCCGUGUAACAUAGUCAGCUACGUACAUAGUCUCGCAACCACGUAUGUAUGGGUCCGUUCAUGUGACGCGGGAAGCACUUCCUGAUUUCGACAACUCCACUCAUGACAUUUCCAUAUAAUCAACGUGCGCCAUGUAACAACUAUACAUCAAUCAUAACACACAGGCGCCGAAGGUAUUAUGAAUGUCAAUGCGGGUAUGACCAAGGUAUAAUCAGCCGUCAGCGAUGAGAAACUACACACAUGUUCAAUCCUUCUAUGAAUGUCAUCAUAGAAUCGGGCUCGCAUCUCUGCUAGGCUCUGCAUCCCACAUUUUGAACAUCGCCACCCCAAAAGCCUUCCCGAGAGCCAGAGCCAGCGAUGUAGGUACCGCAUUACCAAUCUGCCUGAAUCGCCCAAUAGGAACGAGCCACUGAAACCCGCG